AUGAGAUCUCCUUUCCACGGUGUGAUCUCGAGGCUGCAGGCGUACCCACUCGGGCAGAUCGACCUGCCUGUCACGAUUGGUGACCGUGCUAACUUCCGCAUGGAGGUCCUGACCUUCGAGGUGGUGGACUUUCCAGGGUCCUACCACACCAUCCUAGGGCAGCCAUGCUAUGCCAUGCUCAUGGCAGCCCCCAACUACACCUACCUCAAGCUGAAGAUGCCGGGACCAAACGAUGUCAUCACCGUGGGUAGCACCUUCUCGCACGCCUACAUGUGCGACCGCAAGCACCACGAGCUCCCUAUUGGCAUCGUCAACUCCACUGAGCUCCUGAAGCUUUGGAAUGUAGCGGUGUCGGUAGUCCCCAACUACAACAAGCCAACCUCCACGGGCGCCUUCCGUUUUACCGAGGAGACCAAGGUGGUGGAGGUCGACCCCAGCGACCCGACCAAGACAGUGCAGAUCUGGACCAAGCUCCCGACCAAAUAG